AUGAUUAUCCCAACUGGGCCGUCGGGAUUUCAGCGGGAGGUGGAGGCUCGAAUCGCGCGGCGGUUUUCCCGAUCGUCGUCGUCGUUGUUGGCAUUUUUGCUUGCCGAAUCGCGUGGGGUGGGCGGGGUUCAGGCGGCGUUGAUGGCGUGUAUGGUGCGCUGUGGGGUGGACCUCGUGGCGGAAGGAUUCGCCCAACGACCCCCACCGCGAAAUCCUUCCCGGCGAGGGCUAGAGGACCCCCCAAACGACAAGCAAAAGGGCCAACCCCCCUGUGAGGAUGGGGUUUGCAGGGCGCUUGGAGAGCCCGCGUCCUCCGGGGAGAAUGGGGCGCUCGUUCAUUCGCCUCCCUCACAGGGGUCUUUGCCGUGCUUUGACGACCUCUCCUACGCCCAGCAGUGCCUGCUGGUGUGGGAGGCGGCCGGCCUCCUCCACGCGCACGGCGACGGCCGGGCCGGCCAGGCCGGCCCCCCUAAACCACCCCAACGAGGGAAAAGUGAGCGAAAAGGAAAGGAGGCGGAGAGGUUGACGACGGCACCGCGCAUGACUACUCGUCGGAUGACCGCCAUGGCGGUGCUCAGCGCGGAGAAUAGCCGGCAGUCGGUGGAGGAGCCGUCGCCGUCGUUGUUUUAUAACAAUUCAUCCAAUCCUUCGUCUUUUUAUUCUUCUCCUUCCCACUCUUCAACAUAUUCUUCUUCAUUGUCUCGUAGUUCUUCCGAGGUUUCUCAUGCCGCAGAUGAGGAGUAUUCUGUGAGAGGCGAAAAAGGCCUCCGUGAUAAAGGAGACACGACAGAAAUAGAGAAAUUGGAGCCGAGGAGGUAUGUGGAUUACUGGAAGGACUUCUUUCUUAGAUGA